UUACUAUAUUUUUACUUGUCAAAAGUGAAGUCAGUCGCACAAUAAAUGUCGUUGCAACCACACACAGUUUUUCUUUACGGAUAGUACGCAAACCAAAUUGAACCUUAAUUACAUCAUUCAUAUUGGUCAAAUUCGAGCGGAUUUUUUUGAACAUACAAGCUAUCGAAGAUGGACGCCGGUCAGUGAAAAUAUUGUUUUCCAGUAAGCCGUAAACCACAUUCCAGUGAUUUAAAGACAAAUAAUUUAUACAUAAUUUAUAAAUAUUACAAUUUUAUUCCGUUUUCUGGUUGGACGGUACUAUGGAUGAACUGUUGAACGUUUUAGAAGAUACCGCUGCGCUCUUAAACAAAACUCAAAUUAAUUUGAAGAAAUGUCCAAAAGCUAGAUUGACAAGAGGUUAUGUAGAAGCAAGAAUUAAAUGUAUCGAAGAAUAUUGGACUACAUUUAAGCAAACGCAUCUACUAUUGGUAAAAAUAACACCGAAAGAACAAAGACAAGAGUUACCAUAUUUUCAAAAUGAAGAUUACUUCGUGUUCGAAGAUUUGUAUCUCGUUUUGUUAGCCGAUUUAAAAGAUCUUUUGCAAUCUUUCACACAAGCAGCCGCGCCGAGUACUUUAACGUCCUCACCAAAUAAUUCUAAGAUUAUUGCGGAUACCGAAAACCUUGUUCGGUUACCGAGAAUCGAAUUACCUAAAUUCACUGGAAACUAUGAAGAUUGGCCUACGUUUCAAGACCUAUUUACCUCCUUAGUGGAUAAGAACCCGGCUUUAAGUAACGUACAAAAGUUACAUUAUCUUAAGAGUACAGUCAGCUGCGAGGCAGAAACAUUAUUAAAACCUAUUCAAGUCACGGAAAACAAUUAUAAAAAAGCAUGGAAUAUUUUGAAGUCAAGAAGUUGGACCCGGAGUCUCACAAAGAAUGGGAGCAGACAGCUUAUUCAAAAUCAGAGGACGAACUACCAACUUGGGAGAAUUUAAAAGAUUUCCUGCAGUCAAGAUACCGUACCUUAGAACUUGUAUUGUCCGUGUCAGGGACUUGUAGCAGCCGUGACAAACCUGUAAGAGAACGUUCACACUUAGUAACUGCCACAGCCACCACGUCACAGCCAAAUGAAAGAACUUGCGUGCUCUGUAAAGAAAAACAUACAUUAUGUCAUUGUAAGAAUUUUACCAAACUGCAACCUAAAGAAAGAGCUGAUUAUGUCAAGACCAACAAUCUGUGUUUUAACUGUUUGGUGCCUGGGCAUUCUGCUUACCAGUGUAAGUUACAAAUGUCCUGUCGCUUAUGUAGAAGACGGCAUCACACUCUUCUCCACCGCCAUCAAGACUCGGUACAAACUGAGGAAAGGAAUCAACCGAAUGCAUCUCACCACGGGGUAGAAGAGAAAGAAGAGGUUAUAAAUAGCAUGGUGGCGUCACAUCACAAUACUAAACAAAGCACAGCACUACUAGCCACAGCGAUGGUUUUAGCGAGGAACGAGCAUAACCAAACCGUUGUCCUUCGUGCGCUAGUAGACCAAGGUUCGCAGGCUUCAUUUUUAAGCGAGAAGGCGGCUCAAAUGCUCAAACUUACCAGGCAAUCAGCGAGAGGAAGUAUCAUCGGGGUGGGAUCUACUAGGACUAACGUUGAUCACGUGGUUCAACUUAAGAUUGGCUCCCACUGGAAUCCAAGCUUCGAAAUCAACAUACAAGCAUAUGUUAUGAGUAAACAGUUGACCACGAAGAUCCCCUCCAAAGCUGUAACUGUCACACAUUGGCCACAUCUAGAAGGACUCAACCUGGCAGAUCCAGACUACUUUCAACCAGGUUCUAUAGACUUACUUCUUGGUGUUAAAGAGUAUGCACAGAUUGUGCAACCAACACUUAUUAAGGGCCCUCCAGGUUCUCCAUGUGCCCAAGAAACCAACCUGGGGUGGAUCCUCUUCGGAGAAAUCGAUAAUAACCGUGAAAAUGAAUCAUUUCUGGUCCUUCAUCAUCAAGUCCAUAUAGAUCAUAUGUUGAAAUCCCUCUGGGAAAUUGACAAUGAUAAAAAGAGAAUAUUAACAAAGGAAGAAAAGCUAUGUGAAACAAUAUAUGAAAGCACACAUACGAGAAAUAGUGAAGGAAGAUAUCUAGUAAGGCUGCCAUUUAAUACAAAGAAUCCAAUUUCGACUGAAGGAAAUACGAAAGAAAUAGCUAGAAAGAGGCUACUUCAGCUAGAAAGAAGAUUUAAGAAAGAAACUAAACUGAAAGAAGAUUAUACAAAGGUCAUGCAAGAAUACAUAAAAGCUAACUACAUGGAAGAAAUAUCUAAGAAUGAAAUAAAUGAGAGAAAAUCAGUAUACUUACCUCAUCGCGCCGUGGUACACGCAGACAGAGAAACUUCUAAGACACGCGUAGUAUUUGAUGCUUCCGCGAAGGGCUCCAACUGCGUUUCUCUAAACGAUGAAUUGCUUGUAGGUCCGCAACUGCAAGAGGACUUAAGGAACAUACUUAUGAGAUCGAGAUUACAUCGUGUUUGCUAUGCAAGUGAUAUAUAAAAGAUGUACCUGCAAAUAUUACUUUAUGAAGAAGACGCCGAUCGAUAUCAACGCCUUUUGUGGAGAGAGAAUGAAUUAGACCCGAUUAAAGAAUAUCGUAUGCUUCGUGUUACAUUUGGCACAGCGGCGGCCCCUCACCUGGCUGUAAGAACGCUUCACCAGGUGGCGGACGAUGAAGGUCGAAAUCAUCCAAUGGCUGUUCGAAUUAUUAAAGAAGAUUUUUACAUGGACGAACUAAUGUCGGGGGAGAGCAGUGCUCCUGAAGCCAUAAAGAGAGCACAAGAAGUAGAUAAUAUUCUACAGAAAGGUGGAUUUGUAUUAUAAAAAGGGUCAUCCAAUUCUGCUGAAUUUUUGAAAUCUAUCGAACCAAACAAACGUACAUCUCGAGCACAGUUGGAUUUUAAAUUGGAUGGAAAAGUACAAGCCCUAGGUUUGAUAUGGAACCUGGGCACGGAUCAAUUUCAGUACAAGGUUAACUUACCAGCAAGGUCAAGCAGUAUUACAAAGAGAGGCAUACUAUCUGAUAUUCAAAGACUUUUUGACCCACUGGGAUGGAUCGCCCCGAGCCUAAUUUUGGCUAAGAUACUCAUACAAAGGCUAUGGCUAGAACCGAUUGGCUGGGAUGACGAGAUUAACCAAUCGCUGUUACACGAUUGGUUGACAAUUAGAGAAGACUUUGAACAUGUAAAAGAGAUAGGUAUUCCAAGAUGGCUAAACACAGUAAGCACACAGAUGGAAAACAUCGAGGUUCAUGGUUUCAGCGAUGCUUCCAUGAAAGCCUAUGCUGCGGUAGCUUACAUUCGUGUGAAGAGGGAAGAUGGUUCAGUAUUCACCAAUCUAUUAGCUGCCCGUACUAGAGUGGCACCACUCCGUACCGUGUCUCUACCACGCCUGGAGUUAUGUGGGGCGCUGUUAUUAGCAAGGUUACUUAAGCAAAUAGAAAAUGCAAUGCGUAUACCUACUUCUAACAUCUAUGCAUGGACAGAUUCAUCAAUUGUUCUUGCAUGGCUAUCUGGUGAUCCUCAUAGAUGGAAGACAUUCGUGGCAAACCGGGUCGUAGAAAUUGUAGAGAAUGUAAACACACAUCGAUGGUUCCAUGUAGCUUCGGAAGAGAAUCCUGCAGACAUCGGGUCGCGAGGCAUGCUGCUGGCGGACUUGAAACAGAAAGAGUUGUGGUGGACAGGGCCCAAGUGGUUAUGCAAAAAAGAAAUAAUAUACAGUAAGCCAGGAAUAACAGAAACAGAAUUAGAAAUGAAACCAAUAAAAUUAAAUACUUACCACAAUGCAGAAGAACUAAAACCUUUAACCGCUCAGUUUGAAGAUUUUGAUACGUUACCAGAAUUACUAAAAACUAUUAUUUACUGUAAAAGAUUUUUAAGAUACAAAAGUAAUUUAAGUACGAGCAAGGAAAUAACUACACAAGAAUUUGAAGAGGCGCUUAUCACAUGCAUUAAGUUAGUACAACAAGAAUUCAAAGAAGAAAUAGAUCGGCUAAGAGAUAAGAAACAAGUUAAAAAAAAAAGUAAAUUACGAUCGCUAAACGCAUACCUGGAUGAGAAUCAUAUCCUCAGGGUGGGCGGUCGCCUUAAACAUACUAACUUACCUGAUGACCGAAAACACCCAAUUAUUCUUGGAAAUAAGAACACCCUAGUACACUUGAUCGUUGCUGACGCCCAUAUCAAGACACUACAUGAAGGGGUUCAGUUAAUGCUAUGUUAUCUCAGAUCAAAAUAUUGGAUCCUAAGGGCAAAAUCAAUAACAAAAUUAUGUCGUUUGCCGGUGGAUUCCACUCGGUGAAAGGUCAUCUUGUAAUUUUGUCAAGAUUCUCUACCAAUGUCAAUAUGUAGCAAUAUUAUUAUUAAAUUAAUACUAAGUCUCAAGUUAAGCAUAUUGUAUUAUGAUGUCUAGUAUUUAAGCAACCUUUAUUUCGUUUUGUAGAAUAUUGUUUUGAAGUCACCUUGACGUUGUAAUUAGUGCAAUAGAUUUAGAAAGAACUUAGUAGUCCUUUGGUGGGCGGUAUGUUGUUACUAACCUUAUACUCUUUGCUAAUUACUAUAUUUUUACUUGUCAAAAGUGAAGUCAGUCGCACAAUAAAUGUCGUUGCAACCACA